AUGACUGAGUUUGACGAUUGCAGCCACAGUGCAUCCAAUAUGUAUCUACCAGGGUGCGCUUAUUACGUUUCACCUUCAGAUUUCUCGACGAAGCCCUCUUUUUUGUCGCAAUCGUCUUCCUGUCAAAUGACUUUUCCUUAUUCUUCUAAUUUACCUCAUGUCCAACCUGUGCGAGAAGUGGCAUUCAGGGAAUACGGAUUAGAGCGCAGCAAAUGGCAGUAUAGGGGCAGUUAUGCUCCUUAUUACUCAGCUGAGGAGGUUAUGCAUCGAGACUUUCUCCAGCCUGCUAACAGGAGGACGGAAAUGUUAUUCAAAACGGAUCCUGUGUGCAGCCACCAUGGACCCUCCGCGGCUGCCUCCAACUUCUACAACACGGUGGGAAGGAACGGCAUUCUCCCGCAAGGAUUUGACCAGUUUUAUGAGACAGCCCAUGGACCUCCAUACCAGCAGCAAGCAGAGAACGAGGGGGAAGCGGCCAAGACUGACUUGAAAACUCAGAAUAGCACUUGUAGUAAAACACCUUCCAGCCAAGAGAAGAAAGUGACAACAGAAAACAGAGCCGGUUCCCCUUCUGGUGAGGCUGUUGCAGAGAAGAGCAACAGUUCAGUUCCCCAGCGAUCAAGGAAAAAGAGAUGUCCCUAUACCAAAUAUCAAAUCAGAGAACUGGAACGUGAGUUUUUCUUCAACGUGUACAUAAACAAAGAAAAAAGACUGCAGUUGUCCAGAAUGCUGAACCUCACUGAUCGACAAGUUAAAAUCUGGUUCCAGAAUCGAAGGAUGAAAGAAAAGAAACUGAACAGAGAUCGACUCCAAUAUUUCACUGGAAAUCCCUUGUUUUGA